AAAAACAGGAAACUAGAGAUGUGGCUACAAUCAAGUGCUGCAAUAUCACAACUUCUCUUCACACGCCACUUUCGCAUGACCCUUUUAAACACAGGUGCAGCUGCCUUCAAAGUGACUGCAGUGAGGUUAAUGCACAGGAGUUCAGCUCAAUCGUAAAACAUGAACAUCACCAACACCAACUGUACGGUGGGCAUCCUCGAUGGUUUGGCUUACACUCCUGUGUUCCUCCUGGGUUUCCUCAUCAAUGCUGCAGCUCUGCAUGCCUUCAUCGCAAAGCGAGACUCCUGGACAGACACCCACAUCUACAUGUUCAACCUAGCUAUAGCUGACUCUACCCUUGUCCUCUUCCUUCCCUUCAGGAUCUUCGAUGCCUUUUUCUGCCUGCCAAAGACCACCUUAUGUACUUUCCUCCUGUACAUUCACUUCAUCAACAUGUAUGCCAGCAUCAUAACCACGACCGCCAUCAGUGUCCAGCGCUACCUGGCUGUGAGGUUCCCCCUGCAGGCCCGAUCGUGGAGGAAGAAGAAGGAGGCAGCUGUUGCCAUAUGCUUGGUUAUAUGGGGACUUCUGGUGACAGUAUCUGUGGUUUUUCGAAAGGAGAACUACCCAGAUAGACUCUGGACGUGUUAUGAAAGAUGCAAGAAUCGCCCGCUUCAAAUACAGUUCAUCCUGAUUCUAGUCAUCUUCGGUUUCCUUGCUCCACUGGUGAUCAUUUUGUUUUGUUCUAGUCAAAUCAUCUGUAUUCUGUCAAAGGUGGAUGGCCAGUCAGAGGAAAAGAAAAGCAUUGUUGGUCUGGUUUCAGCAAACAUGAUCGUGUUCAUUGUCUGCUACACACCAAUCCACAUUGGCUUCCUUGUCAACUACUUUUACACUGCACCUCCAGACUGGCAGCAUGUAUAUAUACCUGCACAUAUAUAUUUACUUGUGUGCGAAUGGAUUGCUUCCACAAACUGCUGCUUUGAUUCCAUCAGCUAUUAUUUCCUAAUGAAACACUUUUAUUCAUUUCAGUGA